AUGGAAGUUCAUCAGAAAAUUCGAUUUAAUAAUACACAAGUAUUCUUCAUCUUCAUUCAAACACUACGUCAGACUUCAGACCUCCCGGUACUGCAGUCAGACUUCAGACCUCCCGGUACUGCAGUCAGACUUCAGACCUCCCGGUACUGUAGUCAGACUUCAGACCUCCCGGUACUGCAGUCAGACUUCAGACCUCCCAGUACUGCAGUCAGACUUCAGACCUCCCGGUACUGCAGUCAGACUUCAGACCUCCCGGUACUGCAGUCAGACUUCAGACCUCCCGGUACUGCAGUCAGACUUCAGACCUCCCGGUACUGCAGUCAGACUUCAGACCUCCCGGUACUGCAGUCAGACUUCAGACCUCUCAGUACUGCAGUCAGACUUCAGACCUACCGGUACUGCAGUCAGACUUCAGACCUCCUGGUACUGCAGUCAGACUUCAGACCUCUCAGUACUGCAGUCAGACUUCAGACUUCCCGGUACUGCAGUCAGACUUCAGACUUCCCGGUACUGCAGUCAGACUUCAGACUUCCCGGUACUGCAGUCAGACUUCAGACCUCCCGGUACUGCAGUCAGACUUCAGACUUCCCGGUACUGCAGUCAGACUUCAGACCUCCCGGUACUGCAGUCAGACUUCAGACCUCCCGGUACUGCAGUCAGACUUCAGACCUCCCGGUACUGCAGUCAGACUUCAGACCUCCCGGUACUGCAGUCAGACUUCAGACUUCCCGGUACUGCAGUCAGACUUCAGACUUCCCGGUACUGCAGUCAGACUUCAGACUUCCCGGUACUGCAGUCAGACUUCAGACUUCCCGGUACUGCAGUCAGACUUCAGACCUCCCGGUACUGCAGUCAGACUUCAGACCUCCCGGUACUGCAGUCAGACUUCAGACCUCCCGAUACUGCAGUCAGACUUCAGAUUUCCCGGUACUGCAGUCAGACUUCAGACCUCCCGGUACUGCAGUCAGACUUCAGACCUCCCGGUACUGCAGUCAGACUUCAGACCUCCCGGUACUGCAGUCAGACUUCAGACCUCCCGGUACUGCAGUCAGACUUCAGACCUCCCGGUACUGCAGUCAGACUUCAGACCUCCCGGUACUGCAGUCAGACUUCAGACCUCCCGGUACUGCAGUCAGACUUCAGACCUCCCGGUACUGCAGUCAGACUUCAGACCUCCCGGUACUGCAGUCAGACUUCAGACCUCCCGCAUCAAGCCAGCUGUGUAUCAGCAUCAAGCCAGCUGUGUAUAACAGCAUCAAGCCAGCUGUGUAUAACAGCAUCAAGCCAGCUGUGUAUAACAGCAUCAAGCCAGCUGUGUAUAACAGCAUCAAGCCAGCUGUGUAUAACAGCAUCAAGCCACCUGUGAAUAACAGCAUCAAGCCACCUGUGAAUAACAGCAUCAAGCCAGCUGUGUAUAACAGCAUCAAGCCACCUGUGAAUAACAGCAUCAAGCCAGCUGUGAAUAACAGCAUUAAGCCAGCUGUAAAUAACAGCAUCAAGCCAGCUGUGAAUAACAGCAUCAAGCCAGCUGUGAAUAACAAGAUAUAG